AUGGUGCAAUUUGAAUCAUUGGCUAAUGAACUUCUACUUGAUUUAUUUGAAUUCUUAGAUACUACUUAUCUUAUUCGUGCAUUUUUUGGACUUAAUUCUCGUUUCGAUCAUCUUCUUUAUAUUCAUUUUCAAACUAAUCAAUUUAGUUUUCAAUCAAUAUCAAAAGAAGAUUUUCAUAUUAUUUGUCAACAACAUCUUCCAUUACUUAUUGAUAAAAUUAUUUCACUUCGUCUUUCAAAUGAAGAAACACCUAAUUUAUCUGAACUUAUUCUAUUACAAGGUUUUACUCUUAAUCAAUUUAUUCAUUUACAAACACUUUCAUUGCAUUACAUUAAAUCUCUUGACACAUUAGUCAAAAUAACAUUUCAAUGUCGAUAUCUUUUUCAUCUUACUCAUCUUGAAAUAAUCAAUAAUGAAUACGGUGAAAGAUACAUACGCAUCUUCAACUUAUUUGAUAAUAUAUGGAAUAUACCAAAUCUUACACAUUGUAAUUUAAAUGGUAUUCAAAAAGAGUUAACUGUACCACCUCGUAUUACAUCAAUUGCACCGUACAUCAAAUAUCUUUCUAUUAAGAAUAUUAAAUGCAACUUACAAUUUCUGUCUGGUUUAUUUGAAUAUACUCCAAAUCUUCAAUAUCUUUGUUCAACUAUUAGAUCUUAUUCUGUAAGUGAACAUCUCGAAUAUUCAAUUCCUUCUAUGAUUUCAUUAGAAAUUUCUUUUGAAAUUUUUCUGGAUUCAAUAAAGAAUAUUUUAGAAAAAAUGCCUAAUUUAUAUUAUUUAACAAUUGAAAUAUCAAAUAUGUAUUUAGAUGGAAAUGAAUGGGAACAUAUUAUAAUUAAUUAUUUACCUAAAAUCAAAAUAUUUCGAUUAAAAAUAAGUAUUGAAUUUUCUCUUCAUAUAGACAAAGAAGAACAAAUUGAUCAAAUACUCAAUACAUUUCGAAGUACAUUUUGGCUUAAAAAACAUCAAUGGUUUGUUCGAUGUGAUUGGAAUCCAUAUGAUCCUACAAAAUUAAUAACACUUUACACGUUACCUUAUGCUUUCAAUACUAUGUAUUAUUCAAAUGAGUAUUGCUCUAAAUCUACUUGUCUUAAUGAAGAUGAAUAUCGAUCGUAUGAUCAUGUUCGAUCUGUCUAUCAAAAUAAAAUAAAUAACAUAAAUUCAUUUGAUAGUCAGAAUUUUUUCAAUACUCGUUUUUCUUACAUUCGACAUCUAAGUAUUAAUAUACCUUUUGAUAGAAAUUUUUUUCAUUGUUUUCAAUCAUUAAAUAUUUUAAUAUCACUCGAAGUAUUCAUCUCUACAAAUUCUGAUUAUUAUCAAUUACAAGAAUUACUUAAUCAAACACUUAAUCUCUAUUCAUUGAAACUUAUAUCUGAUCAAACAUUAAAUCAUGCAUUAUUUCGUUUAAUAAGUAAAACAAUUUAUCGACUUGAUCUCACAAAAUCUUCUUUAAAUGGUUUAGAUUAUUUUAAUGAUGAAGAUUGUAACAAAUUAAUUGAUUCACCUCUUGGACUUCAAUGUGAAGUUCUUUUUAUUCGUAUUAACAAUCGAAUUAAUGUUCUUCAUUUCAUUAAAAAAAUGUCAAAUCUUCGAUUGUUAAUAUUUAAAUGUAAAGGUGAUCAUCAAAAUUUUUUACUUGAAAAUGAUGAACUUGUAAAAUGGUUGCAAAAUCAUUUUUUAUCAAUACAUUCAAUCAUUAGAGAUCGAAGUGAUCCAUCGUAUAUUCAAGUUUGGAUAAAUCGACAAAAAGAAAUUUCAAACAGUGAUAUCAAAAUAUCGAAAGACCGGUAUAAAAUUUUUCGUUUAUUAAAAUCAAAUAUUCCAGUCGUUUUCUCAAAGUCUUCAGUUUCUAAGCAAAAUACUUAA